UUUCUGUCAAAAUUAAAGCUGAUUGGAAAGCAGAGGGUUGCUACAAAAACAGCGUCCGUGCUCUAAACGAGAUCCUGAAAGUGAACGCCAGGACGAUAAGUAGUCGGUUUGCUGCAUGCAUGUCAGAAGCUGACGGGAAAGGUAUCACGUUGUUCGGUAUGGAUGACAAGAGAUGUUGGAUUGGUGAAGACGCAGACAGCUCAUACGACAGAUAUGGAACUUCAGGAUUGUGCAAAAAAACGAAGAAAGGCAUAAACUACGGCCUAUCAGAGCACGAUGCGAUGCGUGUCUAUAUGAAAGACGUUGAAGGUAUAUGGCAAGAUAAGGGCUGCUACGUAAACAAAGCAGCAUCGCUAGCUCUACCCGACCCCUUCGAUACCAGCGUUGAUACGUUACAAGGGAACGAAAACAUUUUUGAGCACUGCAGUGAAAAAGCUAAGCUCUUCGGCUACACUGUAUUUGGUGUUGACGACAAGAAAUGCUGGGCAGGCGAUAACGCCGAGAACACGUAUAAAAAGUACGGCAAGUCCUCAAAAUGCACUGUCGGCAAGACUGGUUAUGGAUCCGGCAAGGGGAUCAACGGAGACAUGUUUGUUUACCGUUACUAUGAAUGACCGAGAUGAUGGAUCACUGAGAUGCCUGAAUGGAACCCAAACGAUCUAAAUAGCGGGAUUUUAUUUGGGAGAGAAGUAUAUAAGCUGGGUAUAUGGAUGGGGAAAUAUUUAGAGUCAACCAGUCAGUAUUUGUUUGAUGGGUAAAUAAACGAGCAUUUAAAAUCAGUUGUCAGUCCGCUUACUUUUGUCGAUAUCCUCCUGUCCUUUAAGCCUA